GACUGGGACAUGAUAGUGUGAUAUAGGGAACAGCUGGGCAGGAGUGUUUCACAAACUGCGUAUAAAUCGAGGAGAUCGGCUAAUGAAGAGUACAGUGUUUGUUAGCUUCAAUCACUAUAACGCUGACGCUACAACUGGAAGGGAGAUGACUCUAGGCGCAUUACUCACCCUGUUGUGUCUAUUUAUACAAGGUGUUCCAGGUACGGAGGGGAAACGAUACUUGGGAGGAGCACCUGCACCCACAGACUGUGCAGACAUAAAGAUCUUAGGUGAAACAAACAAUGGAGUGUACACAGUCUAUCCACGUGACGGGAAGGAUCCAAUCAGCGUGUAUUGUGACCUAACCACUGAUGGCGGAGGAUGGUUGGUGUUUCAACGUAGGGAAGACGGAUCUGAAAACUUCUAUCGGAAUUGGGAAGACUAUCUGAUUGGUUUCGGUCAUUUGUCCAAAGAAUUUUGGUUGGGCAAUGAAAACAUCCAUCGUCUGACCCACCAAAGACCGUAUCAGCUAAGGGUGGACCUGGAAGAUUGGCAUGGAAAUAAGACGUAUGCUAUCUACGACUACUUCUCUAUUGGUCCCGUCACCGACUACUACCGACUGUUUGUUAUUGGUUACAGCGGUGAUGCGGGGGACAGUUUUUCACGUCACCAUGGAUCCCAGUUCAGUGCUAAAAAUCUCGAUAAAGAUGUAGAUUCCAGAGACUGUGCCAAGACAUUUGAUGGAGCGUGGUGGUACUCGAACUGUCAUACUUCUAACCUUAACGCCCUCUACCUGAAGGGAAGUCACACCUCCUUUGCCAACGGUGUAAACUGGUACUCGUUUAAAGGUCACCACUAUUCGUUGAAGAAAACGGAAAUGAAAAUCCGACCCAUGAAGCGCUUUCUGACAGAAUAACAAAGCAAACAACAAGAUGCAAUUCCGACUGUUGUUUCACGUCAUACAGAAGUAAACGGAGAAAAAUCCUACCAAACAGUACCUCGUAGGAAAAUUAAACGGACAACCA